AUGAUGACCACGAGCUACCCGCACAAUGGUGGCAUGCACCCACAGGGCAUGCCUCACGCGCAUCCGGGCAUGGGAGGCCCAGGCCCAAAUCCAGGACAGCCCGGAAUGCCGCCAGGCAUGCAGCACGUCUCCGGUCCCAAUGGCCCCGUCAGUCAAGCAGGACCUAUGAUGGGUGGCAUGCAACCGGGCGGCAUGGGAGGCCCCAAUGCCCAUGCCCUCUCACACCUGCAGCCCCAGCAAGCCCACAUGUUUCCCCAGCAGCAGCAACAGCAGCAGCAGCAACAGCAACAGCACCAGAUGAUGAACCCUGCGCUUAUGCAGCAGCAGAGAACUGCCCAGCAAGCAUUCAUGCAUCGCCAACAGCAGCAGGCAAUGCUUGCCCACCAACAAGGUAACAUGGGUAUGGGAUUCCAGAACCCCAUGGCGAACAUGAACCCGGCGCAAGCACAACAGCUGCAGGCAAUGCGAAAUGGACAGUUGGGCCAAGGCCCUUUUGUCAAUCUCCCACCUCAUCUGCUCCAACAACAGCAGCAGAUGGGACAGCCAGGAGGACCACAGCACCAGGCUGCCAUGGCACAAGCACAUCAACAAGCACAGCAGCAUCAACAGAUGCAGCAGCAGCAAGCAAUCGCCAUGCAACAUGCUCAAUCGCAAUCCAGUAACCACAGCCAGGCAGGAAACCAAGGGCCUCAGCAGACCUCGCAGCCUCAGCAAGGCCCUCUUCGUCCCCCUUCAGCCAUAGGGAGUCACCAAGGACAAUCUUCGCCAGCUCCCCAACCCACACCUCAACAGCAGCCACAGCCACCGCCGCAACAGCUGCAACAGCAACAGCAACACCAGCAACAACAACAGGCUCAACAGGCUCAGCAACAGCAACAACAGGCCCAGCAACAGGCCCAGCAACAACAGCAGCAGCAACAGCAGCAGCAACAGCAGCAACAGCAGGCUCAACAGCAACAGGCUCAGCAACAACAACAAGCCCAACAGCAGCAGGCCCAACAGCAGCAACAGCAACAGCAACAACAAGCGCAGCAACAACAACAGCAACAGCAACAGCAAGCACAGCAGCAGGCCCAACAACAGGCUCAGCAGCAGCAACAGCAACAAUCGGCUCAACAGCAACAGUCACAGUCAGGCCCUGCACCGCAACAGCAGACUCCCGCUCCUGCUCAGCCACCCAGUCUGCCCCAGCAAUCAAAUCAGCAAGCUUCAAACCAAGCCCAGAUGCAAGCACGGAAUCCAGCCUUGAUGCAACAGGCCCAAGCACAGGCCCAAGCCCAAGCAACCGCACAGCAGAAUCACGCUCGCAACUUGGCGAUGAUGCACCAGAACAAGCAAGCUAUUGGCCAAGGUACAUUGAAACUGCUGAACUUCACGGAUCAAAUAGGGAGAUUCGAUGUCUCCUCUGAAGAUAACCGCAAGAACAACAACGUGGAGAGGUGGCAGGCUUUUGUGGACAAAUUCUUCAUGGAAACUGGAUCGUUUAUUCAUGUCGUCUGCUCGUCGAGUGCAGAGAGGUCCAAGCAGUUCGAGAUUGUCUACGCUGCACUACCACGGUACUUCUAUACGCUUUUCAACACCGACGUUACGAACCUACAGAUCACCCUGGAUGGAGCCAACGAGAAGGUUGGGCCUAACGAGCUGAAGGUUACGUGUGACCGAGCCAAGUUGAUCUACACGUACAAAAACUCGUGCCAAGUCGUCUAUCACGGCAAGCUCACAGCCUUUUGGUCUGGGUCAGACAAGAUGGAGUGGCUCAUGUUCGAUGGCUCUGGCCAUGAACAGUUCUUGCCGCUCAAUGCCUUGAGGCAGAUGUUUGUCCAGCCAUCUCCUACCCAAAUGAACCCCAACCAGUCUCCGAGGAUGAAGAACAAGAAACAAGCGUUGCAGCGAGGCGGACAAGAACCACCUGAGCCGUACCUGCCGUUGAACAAGCUGAUUAGCGCUGGUGCCACAGACUACGGCUUACCACAUGGCUUACAGAAUUAUCUCGAGAUUUACGAACCGAUGAACCACAUGACCAGUCUCAUGGCGCACUAUCUCGAGAACCCCCACAUGAAGCCAAGCGAGGCUCUCGAGUCUUGGAAUGCAACCAUGUCCAACAACCAGGCUGCUCUUCAAGGUCCACAAGGCCAAAACCAAGGACAACAGUCUGCCCAAGGCAUGCAGGCUAAUAUGACAACUGGUGCACGCCCUUCUGGGCCUGGUCAACCGGGGCAGAUGUUCAUGUCGCCUGCAAUGCAAAACUCACUGCUCCCUAACGGAUCAAAUGGUUCGCCUCACUUCAGCCACACGCCGUCACCUCAUUCGCAGCCUAUGAUGAAGCAGCAAAGCACGAGCUCGCACACGAUGAGCGUCAACACCUCGCCGAACAUGAACAACAAGCGGCGGCGAAGUACAGCAAAGAUGGAAAUGGAUGAUGGUGGAGAAAUGAAUGGUGCGUCAAAAGUCAAGCAAAGCCCACGAGUUGGAGGUAACAAGAGAAUGAAGGCAGGUAACUAG